CUAGCUGUGUGAUGCUACUACGAGUUUCGUUCCAUUCUACGUCACUGAUAUGGCCACACAAAUAGUGGUUUCCUCUGAAAAUUCCCAUGACCACUCAUAUCAGUUUGAAGCUAUCUGCUGUGUCAGAUCAGUCUCUGUGUGGAAUGUUAAAUGUCACUUUGACUUCCUUUUUUUCAAACAUGUAUAUUCCAAACAGCCUGUUGCACAACUAUAGACUCUCUCAGCCAGUAUGACCAGCUGAAGAUUAACUUGUGUGCUGACUGAAAUGGCAUGUACUCACAUGCAACAAUAGAGUAGAGGCACGUGGUGUAUUUCCCAUGACCACACCUCCUACAUCAAUAGACUCUAAUAAAGAGGUGCAUCGUCUGCCCCUGGUCAGUUUGCAGCUGUGUAUGAACUUAUGGAGGAAGCAGUGACCAUUGUUUCCCGGCUGCAGUGGGGAGCAGCUGCCCCUCGAAACAAAGAGACUUUGAAAGCUGCUGCUCAGAGAGCGGUCAUACACCACACUGCCAUUGAAAGCUGCAAAAGCCAAAGCGACUGUAUGCGCCAAGUUAAAAGCAUUCAGAAAACACACAUGCAGGAAAGAGGUUUUGAUGACAUUGGAUACAAUUUUCUUGUUGGAGGCGAUGGCACCCUGUAUGAGGGCCGUGGCUGGGGUGUGGUGGGGGCACAUGCCAAAGGCAACAAUCAUGACUCACUAGGGAUUGCUUUCCUGGGUAAUUUCAACAAUGACACACCAAGCAGAGAGGCUUUACAGUCAGUCAAACGGCUGCUGCAGUCUGGAGUUUCCCAUGGAUUUUUACAUCCAGAGUUUGUCUUGUUUGGGCACAGAGAUCUGGGAAACACAGAAUGCCCAGGAGCAAAACUUUACGCUGUACUGUCACAACUGAGGGACGCCACAUAAACCUCAUUACAGAAUGGCUGGAAAAUUCUGUUACCUUCAUGUGAUCUCAAUCUGAAUAUGACACAAAAAAAGAUCACAACAGGAGCAUUGUAUAUCUUUUUAUUAUUCAUUGUUUUUUUGGUGGGGGGUUUCAAUUCAUGUUUACAUUUACAGUCUUUUGAGUAGUUCAGACAUAAUGUGUUGCUCAAUAGGACGUCCUGCAGGUUUCACAUCCUGUCAGGUGUUUCUCAUACAGCAGAGGGUGCUAUUAUAGCAUGGAGUGGUGAACUUUUCAGGGGGUUUGUAGAUCUUACUUCUCCAACUGACCAUGAUUACACUUUAACUUGAAUGCAUGCAAGGUUCUCACUUCAUUCUUUGUGUUACAUUUUUUCAAUUUGCCAUGCCAUUUUUCAGAAGACUUAAUGUACUAAUAUGGAGUGCAAAGUAUUUUCCUAAAGAAUGGAUUGGUUGAUAUGUUUUUGGUGGAGCGUACUGUAACUGUUCAGAAUUAUAGAAAAUUCUCUGCUGUUAUGUAAAAUGCACUUGAAUAACAUAUGUAUGUGUAAUAUUUUUUAUGUGCAAUAAAGGAAUUAUUUAGUUUC